CCCUGGCUGCGCCAUGGCGGAAGCAGAGGAGCAGGAAACUGGAUCUCUGGAAGAAUCUACAGAUGAGUCUGAGGAAGAAGAGAGUGAAGAGGAGCCGAAACUGAAGUACGAAAGGCUCUCCAAUGGGGUAACUGAAAUCCUUCAGAAGGAUGCUGCUAGCUGCAUGACGGUCCAUGACAAGUUCUUGGCACUGGGCACACAUUAUGGCAAGGUUUAUUUACUUGAUGUCCAGGGGAACAUCACUCAGAAGUUUGAUGUAAGUCCUGUGAAGAUAAAUCAGGUUAGCCUGGAUGAAAGUGGAGAACACAUGGGCGUAUGUGCAGAGGAUGGAAAGGUGCAGGUGUUUGGACUGUAUUCUGGAGAAGAAUUUCAUGAGACUUUUGACUGUCCCAUUAAAAUCAUUGCUGUGCACCCGCAUUUUGUGAGAUCCAGCUGCAAGCAGUUUGUGACGGGAGGGAAGAAGUUGCUGCUGUUUGAACGAUCUUGGAUGAGCAGAUGGAAGUCUUCAGUUCUGCAUGAAGGGGAAGGGAACAUAAGGAGUGUGAAGUGGAGGGGCCAUCUGAUUGCCUGGGCCAAUAAUAUGGGCGUGAAGAUUUUUGACAUCACCUCAAAGCAGAGAAUCACGAACGUGCCCCGGGAUGAUAUAAGUCUUCGCCCAGAUAUGUAUCCCUGUAGCCUCUGCUGGAAGGACAAUGUGACGCUGAUCAUUGGCUGGGGGACGUCUGUCAAGAUAUGCUCGGUGAAGGAACGGCACGCCAGUGAAAUGAGGGACUUGCCAAGUCGAUAUGUUGAAAUAGUGUCUCAGUUUGAAACUGAAUUCUACAUCAGUGGACUGGCACCUCUCUGUGAUCAGCUUGUUGUGCUUUCCUAUGUCAAGGAGGUUUCUGAAAAAACGGAAAGAGAAUACUGCGCCAGACCCAGAUUGGAUAUCAUCCAGCCACUUUCUGAGACUUGUGAAGAGAUUUCUUCUGAUGCUCUGACCGUGAGGGGCUUUCAGGAAAAUGAAUGUAGAGAUUAUCACUUAGAGUACUCGGAAGGGGAGUCACUCUUUUACAUCGUGAGUCCAAGGGAUGUUGUUGUAGCGAAGGAACGAGACCAAGAUGACCACAUCGACUGGCUUCUUGAAAAGAAGAAAUAUGAAGAAGCUUUGAUGGCAGCUGAAAUUAGCCAAAAGAACAUUAAAAGACAUAAGAUUCUGGACAUCGGCUUGGCGUAUAUAAACCACCUGGUGGCAAGAGGAGAGUAUGAUAUAGCAGCACGCAAAUGCCAGAAAAUUCUUGGGAAAAAUGCAGCACUCUGGGAAUACGAAGUUUAUAAAUUUAAAGAAAUUGGACAGCUUAAGGCGAUUAGUCCUUAUUUGCCAAGAGGGGAUCCAGUUCUGAAACCACUCAUCUAUGAAAUGAUCUUACAUGAAUUUUUGGAAAGUGAUUAUGAGGGUUUUGCCACGUUGAUCCGAGAAUGGCCAGGAGAUCUGUACAACAAUUCAGUAAUAGUUCAAGCAGUUCGGGAUCACCUGAAGAAAGAUAGUCAGAACAGGACCUUACUUAAAACCCUGGCAGAAUUGUACACCUAUGACAAAAACUAUGGCAAUGCUUUGGAAAUAUACCUAACAUUAAGACAUAAGGAUGUUUUCCAGUUGAUCCACAAACAUAAUCUUUUCAGUUCUAUCAAGGAUAAAAUUGUUUUAUUAAUGGAUUUUGAUUCUGAGAAAGCUGUCGACAUGCUUCUGGACAAUGAAGAUAAAAUUUCAAUUAAAAAAGUAGUGGAAGAAUUAGAAGACAGACCAGAGUUGCAGCAUGUGUAUCUGCAUAAGCUUUUCAAAAGAGACCAUCAUAAGGGACAGCGCUACCACGAGAAGCAGAUCAGCCUUUAUGCUGAAUUCGACCGACCCAACUUGCUUCCAUUUCUCCGAGACAGUAUCCAUUGCCCCCUUGAAAAGGCUCUUGAGAUCUGUCAACAGAGAAACUUUGUAGAAGAGACAGUUUAUCUUCUGAGCCGAAUGGGUAAUAGCCGAAGCGCCCUGAAGAUGAUCAUGGAGGAAUUGCAUGACGUUGAUAAAGCGAUUGAAUUUGCCAAAGAGCAGGACGAUGCAGAACUCUGGGAAGAUCUGAUUUUAUAUUCCAUCGACAAACCACCAUUUAUCACCGGCUUGUUAAACAACAUUGGCACGCAUGUUGACCCGAUUCUACUAAUUCACCGUAUUAAGGAAGGAAUGGAGAUUCCUAAUUUGAGAGACUCCUUAGUUAAAAUUCUGCAAGACUACAAUUUACAAAUUCUGCUUCGUGAAGGCUGUAAGAAGAUUCUGGUAGCUGACUCACUGUCCUUACUAAAGAAGAUGCACCGAACUCAAAUGAAAGGCAUUCUGGUUGAUGAGGAGAACAUCUGUGAGUCCUGCCUUUCCCCUAUUCUUCCAUCAGAUGCGGCAAAGCCCUUCAGCAUGGUGGUCUUCCACUGCCGGCAUAUGUUCCACAAGGAGUGCCUGCCCGUGCCCAGCAUGACCUCUCCUGCGCAGUUCUGUAACAUCUGCAGUGCGAAGCACCGGGGACCAGGAAGUGCCAUUUUGGAGAUGAAAAAAUAGCUCGGUUCUGUUUGUCAGCCUCUUCCUCGCCGCUCUUUGAGGACUGCUUUUGCAGCAACAGAAGCUUUUGUUGACACCAGUGCUGUUAAGAGAUUUGUACAUGUUUAGAUUAUGCUUAAGAAGAGCUUCUGCAUCAUUGUCUGUCUACUAGAUGUUUCUCUUUGCAGUUGACAAAGAAGUUAGGGCUUUCCCUAGCCAUACCUUGAAAGAUGUGCAUUCAGGGUCAGUAUUUUAUCGUUUAUUUGUUUGACUCAUUAUUUAGGAAGAGAAACUGAAGUCUUGGAGCUGGAAGUGACAUUUCAGUAAAACUGUCCAGCCAUAACAUGGACUGCUGAGAGUUGUCCCAGAUGGCUGAGUGCCUCACCACUGAGGCUGUCUAGCAACACCUUGGACCUUGUUUUCAUAUCCUCUGCCAGCAACCACUCUCAGAUUCUGGGUUUGGCUUUUUUUUUUUCCAGUAUGUCAUCAACUGUGCUUACCUUUUUAAUUGGCAUUGAAUGAAACAUUGUGCGUAUUGUCACGGACUAUGUGAUGUCUGGGAAUAACAAGAGCAGUCUGAUGCCAUGCAGUUUCAUGUUGACUGAUGACAUGUUCUGUGUCCCAAUGACCAGCAGUGUCUGCCCCUGGCAAGCACUCAGCGUUUGUUGAUUGAAUAAAUGUUAGCUCUUCCCACUGU